GUGGUUCCUGGGAGUGGUGGGGCGGGUCCUCCCGGCUGUCAGCUGUGGCCCUAGGCGCCUAGGCAGGGUGGCGGUGGCCAUUGGCGGACAGGAGGGCGGGGCGGGGUCGCCCGGAGCGCCUAUACUAGGCCGUUCCUGUGGAGGUGAGCAGCCGGCCUGGGAGGCACAGUGUGUGUUGCAGCGAUCCGACUUGCAGCAGAGAUCCGGCUUGGCCCUGGGAGGAAGGCUGUGUGCAGCAGCAAUCCGGCUUGGCCAUGGCAGCGGCGCCUCUGAAAGUGUGCAUCGUGGGCUCGGGGAACUGGGGAUCAGCUGUUGCAAAAAUCAUCGGCAGUAACGUGAAGACCCUGCAGAAGUUCUCCUCCACCGUCAAGAUGUGGGUCUUUGAGGAGACCGUGAACGGGAGGAAGCUGACGGACAUAAUCAACAAUGACCACGAAAACGUGAAAUAUCUCCCAGGACACAAGCUGCCAGAGAAUGUGGUCGCUGUCCCAAACCUCAGCGAAGCCGUGCAGGACGCGGACCUGCUGGUGUUCGUCAUCCCUCACCAGUUCAUCCACAAGAUCUGUGAUGAGAUCACGGGCAGGGUGCCCGAGAAGGCCCUGGGGAUCACCCUCAUCAAGGGCAUAGAUGAGGGCCCUGACGGGCUGAAGCUAAUCUCUGACAUCAUCCGAGAGAAGAUGGGGAUCGACAUCAGUGUGCUGAUGGGGGCCAACAUCGCCAGUGAGGUUGCUGCGGAGAAGUUCUGCGAGACCACCAUUGGCAGCAAAGUGAUGCAGAAUGGCCUUCUCUUCAAAGAGCUGCUGCAGACGCCCAACUUCAGAAUCACUGUGGUAGACGAUGCGGACACCGUGGAGCUUUGCGGUGCUCUUAAGAACAUUGUUGCUGUGGGAGCUGGCUUCUGCGACGGCCUCCGCUGUGGGGACAACACCAAGGCGGCCGUCAUCCGCCUGGGCCUCAUGGAAAUGAUCGCUUUCGCCAAGAUCUUCUGUAAGGGCCAGGUGUCCACGGCCACCUUCUUGGAGAGCUGCGGGGUGGCUGACCUCAUCACCACCUGCUACGGAGGGCGGAACCGCAGGGUGGCAGAGGCCUUCGCCAGGACCGGGAAGACCAUCGAAGAGCUGGAGAAGGAGCUGCUGAACGGGCAGAAGCUGCAGGGACCGCAGACCUCUGCGGAGGUGUACCGCAUCCUGAAGCAGAAGGGGCUGCUAGACAAGUUUCCCCUCUUCACUGCAGUGUAUCAGAUCUGCUAUGAAGGCAGGCCUGUCACGCAGAUGCUGUCUUGCCUGCAGAGCCACCCAGAGCACAUCUGAAGGAAGUCAGGCAGCCAUCAGGAACAGCUCUGCCGUGCCCACUGGAGGACCACCAGGAAUCCGGGGCUUGGCAGUGGGAUCCUGCUGAACUGUACUCCAAAUACAUCCAAAUUGUUACAGCUUUGUCUCUGUGCCAGGAGAAGCACUCCUCCACUGGCUAAGAUGUGUCGGGUAACAACUACAGAUACACACGCACAUGAGUGAAUGUGUGUGAGAGUGUUUGUGUGUGUAUGUGUGUGUGUGUAUAUACAAGUGUGCACCUUUCUCAUUCUGUGAGUGUUUCUCUGAACCCAAAUCAGGUGUCUAUUGAUCACAUUUUAAAUUUCCCCUCCAGGGCAGCUUGUGAGGUUAGAACUAACUCAGCUAAAUUUUAUGGCUGUGACUCAUUUAUAUGCAAGCGAAGGGAGGAACUGGGAUCUUUCCCUCUGAAACAGUUAUCCAGCAUUAAAAUGGUCUGCAUAUGUGUGCGUUUGAAGACCACCACACUUUUAAACAGCAUCUCAGAGCCAGCAGCAUGAACUCCUGGGUUGUGGAUUGACAGCUUAUCAGGUGUUUUAAUUGGAUACUCCACAGACAGGUGUCUUCUUGAUACAGAGACCACAUUUCUUGCCUCUUUCCUCUUCAUUCACUGCUAGAAUGGGCUUUCAUACAGACCCAGCAAGGUAGAGGAGGAACAUCCCUGCAGUGGCUGACGUUUCCCCUGGGGACACUUCAUUAUGCUCUUGCUAGGUGGGCUUUUUUUUGCAACUGUGUCUCUUCAGGCUUGUGGAAGGAACCCUCCAGGGGGCCACUGUCACUUCUCAUGUAAGGAGCCAUAGCUGUACCUGGUUACCCGGGGACAUUCCUCCAUCCCUCCAGGAUGGGACCUGCUAGGAUGUCCCUGGGCCUCUCUGACCUGGCUGUUUGUAGGAAUGAUAUGUUCAGCCUUUCCUGAGGGCCAGGAGGGCUACCUGCCUUGGAGAUUUGUGUGGCAAAGUGGGAAAGUCACCACCCCACGUGGUGUCCCCAGUCAGCGGGGGCAUUUCACUCUUAAGAAAGAAGGUUCCCAGGCCUCACAAAUGAAUCCAGUGUUUCCAUAUGCCUUCUAUGCAUUUCAAAUGCUCACUACAGCAGAGAGCCACUGCACUAGAGAAUUUACAGCCUUUGCCGAACAAUGCUCUAUAAAAGUGUCCUGGAGUCUCCUGGCUGAGCCAGGUGGACCCUGGAAUGGCCAGGUAAGUUUGGCCAUCCCAGCUGCCUGACUCUUCACUUUCCUAGAGUGGGGAGGGAUCCUGGAUGCUAGGAACCCACUAAGCUAAUAUGUCCCAAAUACAUUAGACUAUGAGAGGGUUUUUUGUUGUUGUUGUUGUUUUGGUUUUUUACUAGAAUAUUAACUAAAAUUUCUAGAGAAUACUCCUAUAGAGUGAGGUGACCCUCACUCUCCACAGGAAUUUGAGAUGACUAACUUCCUGUGAGAGUUCUAUGUAGCCUGGGCUGGCCUUGAAUUUGUCACCUUCUUGCCUCUGUCUCCUGAGUGGCUUGGGUUUUGCAGUUCUGACCUAAUCCCUGAGAAAGCUUUCAGGAUACAGGGUCAGGCACAGACAAGGGGAUGUCGACCUCAAUGAAACGCACACUAUAUGGAGUGAGUGCUUUGGAUGCUAGAAUUAGAACACAAAUGAUUUUAUCUUUAUUUAAAAACCAGGCGUCCCACGGGGGUGGAAAGAGCAUACGGAGGUCAUUGUCUUGUGCUUUAGCUUAUGAGAGUUUCCACUUCCCCUCCCUCCUCCUGGGUUUGGUUGCUCCCACCCUACUCUACAUCCCUUCCAUAACUGAAAAUUAUUGUAAAAUAAAUUUUUAUGAGAAUUUUUAAAACUGUCCAAGAAGACUUUUUGGAGCAUUAUAAAGUUCCACACCUAAAACGCACAGCAGGCUGAAUAUUUCAGUUUUCAUAAUGAUGUCAAUCAAUUUUUUUCUUGCCUCCUAAGUCUUUUAAAAACAAAACUCUGUACAUAUGUAACAAAGAGUUACUUUUUAAGAUAUCCAAAGGGCUGAGAGCUACCGCGGUGUCUACAAAGUAGCACAAUGCAGAAUUGUUAAUGUGUUUUGCAUCUUCAUGUACAUUCACCCUCUCUCUGGCCUGGUACUUCCGCUUUCCCUAAUGAAUGACCUUACUGACUGACAUCCCCCUGAAGUCAGCGGAUGUGCUUAUAAUCCACCCAGGAGGGAAACAGGUAAAAUUCUUGUUUGUGCUCUGAAGGCCAGAGGCAUUACUGUAUGAGUUACCUAUUUUUGUAACCUUGUAACCACCUGCUGAUUGGUGUUUCUUGGCGAUAGGCUCAGAGACACCUAGAUUAGAAACUUCACCUGUGAAUGUAAAACUAAGCUCUUGCCUUGCUACUCUCCUCUCCACCGCAGUUUUGGACAAAUCUCUGGAAACCCACCCCUGGGGCAGAGCCUGCCUUCUGGUGUUUUCAUAGCUGGCCUAGGAAGGGUGCUGUGGUGAGAUCUCAGUGUCUAAACAGAAUUGUUUCUCUGCCACUUCUGACUGGCUGGCCUCCUACUUCCAUAUGUACUGUAUUUGUUUACGGACUGUAGGUGGGUGUAUAGUGUAAAGGCUUGGUUUAAUAAACACAACCUCUCAGACCUGUUCCAUGGAGCCUACUUUUCCUUUCUUGUUUUUAUAAAUUAUUAUUGGGGUGUGCUGUACAAAAUUGUGUCUCUGUUCUUACCUACCCAAGACAUUCUUUGAUUGGCUUUAAUAAAAAAUCAGAUGGCCAAUUAGCUGGGCACGAAGUGGAAGGUGGGACUUCCUGGGAGGGAGAAAGGAACUCUGGGAAGGAGGAGGCACGAGGGGAGACAAAUAUGACUUUGGUACUAGAAAGUAGCCACAUGGCUGGAUAGGGCUGGGUGGUUGGGUUAACCUAGAUGAGUCAGUUGAGAGUCUGCCCAGGUAAGGCCUAAAGCUUUGAAAUAUUAAAAGUCUCUGAUUAUUUGAGGAAAAUUGGAUAACAAAUAAUUGCCGUUGUAUUCAUUUCCAGCAUUAAUAAAUACAGAAUUUUAAUAUUUA